UGCAAGGUGAAACAUGCUGCUUAUUAUUUGUCGCUGAUGAAAUUUACAAACAUUGUUUUUAUUCCUGGUCAAACUGCAUCAAUUUUCAUUUUUACAAGCUGGUAGUUUCGUCAAUGAACUUGUCCUUUGUAGUGUAACUUACUACUGUCGUACAUGUAAAUGUUGUAGAACUUGCAACAUCAACAAUGAACAAGGAGGAUGCCCUGAAGUAUUUCCAGCAGUGCAUGGAGGAGAAUCCUGAGAUUUCAUGUGCAGUGGCAGCUAUCCGUACACUCAUUGAAUAUCUCAAACGCAGUCAAGCUGGGACCCUCGCUGGUCUAAGAGAGAGCUUAAAGGGCUGCAUCAAUUGGCUGAUGGAGACGGAUAACUCGGCCACCUCAAUAUCUUCAGGAUGUGAACUCUUUCUUAGGUUUAUUACUCUUGCAGCUUUGGAUCAAAUGAAUUUUCAAGAAUGCAAGAACAUCUUAGUCGAGAGAGGGAAACUGUAUCUACAGAAAGUCGCUGGAUCGAGAGAUAAAAUUGCCAGUUUGGGAGAGCCUUUCAUCAGAGAUGGAUGUAGUGUCUUGACACAUUCGCAUUCUCGCGUCGUCUUGAAGAUGUUCCAGGAAGCAGCGGCCGCAAAGAAAAGAUUCAACGUCUUCAUCACAGAGUCAUGUCCUGAUAGAUCAGGGGAGAAAAUGGCGAGGAAACUUAGAGAGGCCGGAAUACCGGUCAUUGUCAUUCUUGACGCUGCAGCUGGGUAUAUAAUGGAGAAUGUGGAUCUAGUUUUGGUUGGAGCUGAGGGAGUUGUAGAGAGUGGGGGUAUUAUUAACAAGAUUGGAACUUACCAGAUUGCGAUGAGUGCAAAGAUAGCAAAUAAGCCGUUUUAUGUCGUCGUAGAAAGCUUCAAAUUUGUGCGAGGUAUCUACCCCCUUAAUCAGCAAGAUAUUCCAGAUGAAUAUAAGUUCCAUGCCGCAGAGCUGAAAUCCAAGAAGGACCUCAAUGAAGCUCAUCCCUUAAUUGAUUAUACACCACCUGUUUACAUCACCCUACUCUUCACUGACUUGGGUGUUUUAACCCCUUCGGCUAUCAGCGAUGAACUCAUUAAGCUGUACUGUUGACACAGUGGAAUUAUCAUUCAGCAGUUGUGGACACUGCUUCAUUAACAUUGUUUCAUGUGGUGGAUGCAUCAACGAACAAUACGCAACACUUAAGUUGUGCUCAACUCCUGUGCAAAACAGCCCUGUGACAUCAAAAUUUGCUUCGCAUUUGCAAUCGUUGGAAGUAUGAACCGGGCUUUACUCCUUCCGCCAUCAUAAUCAGCAAUUAACGUAUUGAGCUGUAUUGUUCACACAGUGGAAAUUACAUUCGUCACUUGUUGUGCUUCAUUUACACUGUUUCUCAAAGAUUUCUCAAGCUUCAUCUUUAUCUUUCUUCCAAGAAUUUUGAAGCUCUAAUGGGUACAUUUGUAUCCAUUUUAGAUUUAACUUGUGAACCUUCUUGCUGUCUUACCAACAGUUUUAUCAACAGUGGUUUUUAACCAUUAACUAUGCUAGCCUGCAAUAUGAUAGGCAUAAUGAUUUGAGGAAUACAUCUAAAUAGUGUAUAAGUCAAGCUUUAUUCCAGAUAAUGAGAGUUGACUAUUACAUGCGGGCGGCCAUGUUAUAAGGUGAUACAAUGCAUUAUGGGAAGUAAACACUAGACUUGAGUCAGUCUGCUUAUGGCAUACUGCUACAUAGUGCACAGCGCACAGUCAACCCUCCUACUGUCUGACCACUCAAUGUCAUCCACUAUGUUUUUGGGUGAUCAAAUGCCAGUAUGAUCAUGUGAUGAAUAUAUCUCCAUAAUACAGUCAACCCUCCUACCGUCUGACCACUUCAUAUCAUCCACAUGGUUUUGAAUGGUAGAUCAAACAUGCCAGCCUGCAGUAUGACAUCGUGGGAUGAAUGCAUACACAGUACACAGUCAACCCUCCUACUGUCUGACAAUUUAGGAUCAUCCGCUGUGCCUGUCUAUAACAGUAUACCAUUUGGUGAAUGCGACACAGUCACGACAGUUUGCAGUCAGCCAUCCUACUUGCUGACCAUUUCAUAUUUCUGUUGUGAACUUACGAAUUGACUUUGCCUUCAUGUUAUGAUGAUUUGUUGAAUGCUUGUGCACGUGUACAUUUUCAAAUGAUUUGUCAACUUGCUGGAAAGGGUUUUUCAGCGGGAAUGUUUGAGGGCUCAACGCAGGCCUAUAUGCUUGUUUUGAAAGGGCAAGGGCACCAAGGCAUUUUCUCCGUAAAGGCCACCUAUGAGGAAAUUGUAAAUUUCUACU